AUGUUUUUGGGUCUUCUAAUAUCCACGGGUUGGACUGCUCUCGCUAUCGCCGGCGCGAUACCAUGUCCAAACCAGUGCAUUUGCCUGUCCCAGGCCCAGGUUUUGUGCAACACGGGAGGAUUGACGGAGAUACCCGUCAAUUCGCUGCCUCCUACAGUCGAGCAUCUGAGUCUGACGAAAAACAAUUUCCCCCUAAUAAAAAGCGACGCGUUCAACGGUCUGCGGAGCCUGCGGAAGCUGUCCCUCGACGGUAACAACAUCACCGUUAUAAAACCGUUCGCUUUCCGAGGCCUACCUCGCCUGAGAGAGCUGUCGAUACAGCACACGCCGCUCACCACGGUGGCCCAGUUCGCGUUCGCCGGACUGCAGAACAUCACUGCCAUCCUCCUGGGUCAUAACAAGAUCCACAAAGUUGAAGGUUAUGCGUUUGCGGGGACGUCGAACGUGAGGCUGCUCCUGCUGAACAGCAAUCCGCUCCAUAAAAUAGAGACGUCGGCAUUUUCCGGGCUGACGAACGUCGAACACCUCAUCCUCCCGGCGGGAAUCAAAACGAUAGAGGCCGACGCGUUCAGCGGAUUGGAUUCCGUCGGCCUCAUCAAACUCUCCUACAUGGAUCUGACGGCGCUCAAGACGCAUACCUUCCGGGGGCUGUCGCACGUCCACGUUCUCGCGAUACAGGACUCGGACCUGGGAGUCAUCCAGCCCGGAGCGUUCGAAGGCAUGACACACGUCAACAGUCUCCGAUUCGUGAGCAACAAAAUCGAUUCGAUCCAAGAGCUCCACUUCUUGCCUGAAUCGAGGGUGAAAAUGUUAAAAAUGCAAGGAAACCACCUGUUGGAGGCGCCUUCCCCGGGGGCCAUCGUCCUCGACGGCGUAGAAUCCCUCACCGUUCUUUUCAAUCAUUUCCCGUGUGAUUGUCACAUCCAUUCCUUGUUAGAAGGCCCUCUGGCCAACGGAUCGGCGGCGGAAUUCAGUUCGAAAAAUUACUGCAUCUCCCCGCUCCAGUUUAACGGGCAGACGAUCAGCUCCAUCAACGUGAAUUCGAUCAGCCGUUGCAACGACGACAUCACCAGAGACAAUUGGGACGCGCCCGCGUCCGCACGACGCACUCUCCCGCCUUGCUCACUCGUAUUUUUUGUAUUUCUUAUCAGAAGAUAAGCUCCGUUUCAAUACACAAUCACAUAAAUGCCUUUCGGGUAAUUUAGUACCAAACGAAACAUCAUUAUAUCAUCCUAGACUGAGAUUAUAUAUAGUGUAUGUUUUAUACAUCAUUUAAAGAGAAAGUGGGUCCUCUCGUAUGUAUAUCGUCAAUCAAAUUAGAAAAUGAAAUACGAACUUUUAAAAAUAAAAAUAAAACCUGUAAGACCAAGGGUGUAAGUUUCUAUGUUGACCAAUAUUGUAAAUACU